UCUAUUUCUGAGAAAAAAGUUUUCUUUUAUAUAUUAUUGCUCAUUUUAAGCAUAUCAUGCUCGUUAUAAUGGACAAUAUUCUGGUUUAGCAUUAACAACAAGUUGUUGUUUUAUAAUUCAUUCAAUGUUUUAUUUUUUUCUUCAUUUUGAACAACCUGUUAUUGAAGUUCAACUUGUUCAUACAUUUGUUGUUCAAAAUGUAAUAACACAAGUACCUUUACCAACAACAACAACAAUAGAAAGAGAUGGAAGUGACAUUAAACCAUUAAACAACAUCUUAAAAUAUUAUUUAAUUAAAUUAUGUAUAUCCUUUAAUAUUUUUUUUUUAUUCACUAUACUUUAUAAUGAGUGA